GCGUGAUGUGACCCUCCUCCUUCCCGAAGUGCUGAGCGGCGCGGGUUGCCAUGGAGCCGUAACAGCUCGUCUUCCCCCUCCCCCGCCUCUGCAUGGCGCUGCUGCCGCUUCCUCCCGCGCGGGUGUUCGCGGAGCUGCUGCCGCAGGCGGCGGGGGAGGGGCGGAGCCGCGGGCGCGAGGCAGAGCCGGGCCGGGAGGUGCACGUGAGCGGCUGCGCGGAGCGGAGUGCGGCGCCGGACCGGGCGCGGGUCCGCCUGCGGCUGGGCAGCACCAAGGGCGCGGCCGGCGAGGCACGCAGUAGCGUCAGCCGCCGCCUGGACUACGUGGUGCACAGCGCGCGCCAGCGCGGCGUCCCGGACAAAAAUGUGACGGUGACAAAGGAUUUUAGCAGAGUAGAAAAUGGCUAUAAAAUGGAAGCAGAGGUUUGCAUUACAUUCAGUGAUUUUGAAAAAAUGCAGAAUGUCUGCAAUCUGCUUAUUGAGAAAUUAGGUAGUUCCAUUAACAUCAGUCCCCCUCACUUCUACCAUGCGCCAGAAGCUGUACAUACACUCCGGUGUGAAGUGUGUCUUGCUGCUGUUGAAAACACACGUCAAAAAGCUCAAGAGGUCUGUCAGCUGUUUGGCCAGGCAUUGGGAAAGCCUUUGUUAAUAAGAGAAGAGGAAACAAAAGAAUGGGAAGGACAAACAGACUGUCACCUAUCAGACUCUUCAGACUCAUUGACUAUGCAGCAGAGAAUCGAGAGAUCCACUAUUUAUGCAUCUUCAAGAGUAUUUGCUAUUUUUGAGAUAAAAGGAAAAGAAAAAAGAAAGAACAAGUUGAUUUAAAAAUGUACUUCUUACCUGCCAUUGAUAAAUCUUUAAAUACUUUAAAAGUAUGCAUUUCUUCAGUUUUUCAAACACAUACCUUUGAAUACAGUUCAGGAAAAACUAAUUAAUAGUGUUCCCUAAAAAAUAGAUUGUUCUUAACUGGAGAGAGAGAAGUAAUUCUAUCAUGAUUUUUCAAACGGAUUAAAGGUGGAUAACCUGGACUGUACAUACAUUUUAUUCCCUUUAAUGAGGAGAGAGAUGGGUGUAUGGCUUUAUACAAACUUCAUUAAGAUUGUCUUUUUCAGAUUUUACAACCAUGAAUAAAGCAGGACAGCAGUAGGAAAGCUCAUGUAUACCAUGUUUCAGUGUGCUAAAGAAAAAGAUACAAGAUAAAAACAUUACUAACGAUAA